CCUGGGAUAUCUCAACUGAAUGGAAUGGAAGCAUACUUGCCCUCAUAACAACAGUGAAGUUUAGAAUCCGAUCAGAAGGACCUGAUAUGGUAGUAUGCUUUUAGGGUGUGUCAUUUAAUGAGCUAAAGCCCAUCAGAACUAUUAUUUUUUGUCCUCUGUGACAACAAACAUUAAACCGGACGAAUCUCGGUAAAUCUCGGAAAGUCCAUUUGACUUGGAAAACUCCCGACGACCCAAGCCGCGGCAUCCGAGAGGGAAAUCCUUGUUAUUAUUUGAGUAAUGUCUGGGUUUGGGGCGUUCAAAAACGGGAAUUCCAAGAAGGCGAUGGAAAGACAACUCUGUAAGGCAGAAAAUCCUGGUCGGGCGGUUGUACUUUUUACGCCUCUCGAGGGCAUCGGCGUGGGAGAAGUGGAGUGAAAUUUCGAACUAUCCGGACGACCGCUAGACGGCAGCAAAGGCAGAAAAAAACGCAACCCUUCGCCCCCGGAGGCGUUCAAGGGUUCUUGCCUCCUUGAUCCGGUCAUCUGAAACGGACUUUCUUCCAGAAGUCUGAGGCAUUCCUCCCUCCCGCCCAAAUUGCGCACCACCCACACACCGCCUCCCGCGUGUCACACAUCGACGGAGUAGCAGUUGAAACUUUUUGCGGAACCGCUCCCUCCCUUCGGAAGGGAAGAUUUCUAUGGUAAACGACCCAUACCCCGGAAGCAAAGUGGCCAUAUUGUUGCUUGACCCUAGGAACUCUGCCGGUUACGGGAAGAGGCGGGGUUGGGAGCUCUGAAGCGCGGCGGAUUUGCUCCAAGGCAUCGAAAACCGAGUCCGUUUCCUUUAUUGCCGCCGCCGAUUUGACGGAUUUCCCGCCCUCUCACGGUUCACUGUUCUUCAACUUGUCCUCCAUGGCAAUGUGGAGCCGUGAAGCUGUGCUAAAUCUUUAUCGUGCACUGUUGCGUCAGGGACGUGGCUUGCGCUACACUGAUCGUGAAUUCUAUCUCAGCUCGAUCCGGAAAGAAUUUCGCAAGAAUCAGCACCUUACGUCCCCAGAAGAUAAAGAGCGACAACUUAAAAAGGGCCAGGCUUUUUUGCAUAGCCAACUUGGAGGACUUAUUUAGGAAAUUCU